CUUGCUGGCGGCCGGUGGCUGUCCCCAGCUUCCGGCUGCGCGGCCCGCGGGCCGGCCCCCUGCCCGCCCCUGGGCCCCUCCCCGCCUGGUUGUGUAACCGUCCCCAGCCCCCCCUCUGUGGCCCCCUGCCCCCAGGGGGGGGGGUCACCCUCCGGGUGCUCCCGGGGAAGGGCAGCGGCCCGGGCGGCCGCGCAGCGCAGGCGAGCCCGGGGAUGCACGGCCUAGUACAGGCCGGGCCCGGGCGUCGGGGAGGCGGGCGGGCGGACCCAGAUCCGGGGUAAUUUGCAUCGCCCUCCCCCCAGCCCGGGUGGGGAUUGGCCGCCGGCGGCGGGGGGGUGGCGCGGGGCCAGGCUCACUGCCGCCUCCCGGCCCCUCGGAGGGAGCCAGCCCAGCCGCAGCCGCCGCCACCGCCGCCGCCGGGGCCGGGCCCCCUCGCCGCUGCCCCGGGAAGGAGGUAUCGGCGUGGAAGAUGGCCGGCGGCGUGGACGGCCCUAUCGGGAUCCCGUUCCCUGACCACAGCAGUGACAUCCUGAGCGGGCUCAAUGAGCAGCGGACGCAAGGCCUGCUGUGUGAUGUGGUGAUCCUGGUGGAGGGCCGCGAGUUCCCCACGCACCGCUCGGUGCUGGCGGCCUGCAGCCAGUACUUCAAGAAACUGUUCACGUCGGGCGCUGUGGUGGACCAGCAGAACGUGUACGAGAUCGACUUUGUCAGUGCCGAGGCGCUCACGGCACUAAUGGACUUCGCUUACACAGCCACGCUCACCGUCAGCACGGCCAAUGUGGGCGAUAUCCUUAGUGCCGCCCGCCUGCUUGAGAUCCCUGCUGUGAGCCACGUCUGCGCCGACCUCCUUGACCGGCAGAUCCUGGCGGCCGACGCAGGCACCGACGCCGGGCAGCUGGACCUCGUAGAUCAAAUUGAUCAGCGAAACCUCCUCCGCGCCAAGGAGUACCUCGAAUUCUUCCAGAGCAACCCCAUGAAUAGCCUGCCUCCCGCGGCUGCCGCCGCAGCCGCCGCCAAUUUCCCGUGGUCUGCCUUUGGCACAUCUGACGAUGACCUGGAUGCCACCAAGGAGGCGGUGGCUGCUGCUGUGGCUGCCGUGGCUGCAGGCGACUGCAAUGGCUUGGACUUCUAUGGGCCGGGUCCCCCGGCUGAGCGGCCCUCAGCUGGGGAUGGGGACGAGGGUGACAGCAACCCGGGUCUGUGGCCAGAGCGAGAUGAGGACGCCCCUGCUGGAGGCCUCUUUCCACCCCCUGUGGCCUCGUCAGCUGCCACCACACAGAAUGGCCACUAUGGCCGGGGUGGGGAGGAGGAGGUGGCCUCACUGUCAGAGGUGGCCCCAGAGCCAGGCGACUCUCCAGGCUUCUUGUCGGGCACGGCUGAGGGUGAGGACGGGGACGGGACCGAUGCAGAUGGGCUGGCAGCCAGCACGCUGCUACAACAGAUGAUGUCGUCAGUGGGCCGGGCAGGGGCAGCGGCAGCGGGGGACAGCGACGAGGAGUCACGGGCGGACGACAAGGGCGUCGUGGACUACUACCUGAAGUACUUCAGCAGCACCCAUGACGGCGACUUCUACCCGGCCUGGUCACAGAAGGUGGAGAAGAAGAUCCGCGCCAAGGCCUUCCAGAAGUGUCCCAUCUGCGAGAAGGUCAUUCAGGGCGCUGGCAAGCUACCACGGCACAUCCGGACCCAUACUGGCGAGAAGCCCUACGAAUGCAACAUCUGCAAGGUCCGAUUCACCAGGCAGGACAAGCUCAAGGUGCACAUGAGGAAGCACACAGGUGAGAAGCCGUACCUGUGCCAGCAGUGCGGGGCGGCCUUCGCCCACAACUACGACCUGAAAAACCACAUGCGUGUGCACACUGGCCUGCGGCCUUACCAGUGCGACAGCUGCUGCAAGACCUUCGUCCGCUCUGACCACCUGCACAGACACCUCAAGAAGGACGGCUGCAAUGGCGUCCCCUCGCGCCGUGGCCGCAAGCCUCGUGUCCGGGGCGGGGGGCUUGGGGGGCCUGACCCCGGCCACGGGGCCACUGCGCCGCCCUGCACCCCUGCCCCGCCCGGCUCCCCCGAGGCCCGGCGCAAUGGCCAGGAGAAGCACUUUAAGGACGAGGACGAGGAGGAGGAGGAGGAGGCCAGCCCCGAUGGCCUGGGCAGGUUGAAUGUAGUGGGUGCUGGCGGAGGGGGUGGCGAUGGGGCCACUGGGGCCCCCGCUGACGGCAGCUUUGCAGCCGGACUCGCCUGAAAACCAAAAAGAAAACAGAAACCCGAGAAAAAGAGAGAGA